AUGUCUCUUUUUACAGCCAGAAUAAAACUUAUUCGUUAUCUUCAUUGUAAUUGUGACGUCAUAAUUGUGUCUCUCUUUCCCUCUACAUCUUUCUGUCUCUGUUUUCCUCCACACCCUCUUUCUGGCUCUCUUUCCCUCCACAUCCUCUUUCUCUAUCUGUUUCUCCCCACUUCCUCUUUCUGCCUUUCUUUCUCACCACAUCCUCUUUUUGCCUCUCUUUCCCUCCAUGCACUAUUUCUCUCUGGGUUUCUCCCCACUUCCUCUGUCUUACUUUCUCUCCACACCCUUCUACUGUCACUCUUUCUCUCCACGCUGUCUUUGACCUUCAUCUCUCCACACCCUUUCUGCAACCCUUUCAUUAUCCCCAAACUAUUUUUCUUUCUUUCCUUCUUUCUUUUAUUUAUUCCUUCUUUUUCUAAAAUUUCUUCGUUUUACGUCUUUCUUUCUUUCUUUCUUUCUUUAAUAUUUCUUUGUUUUCCUUCUUUCUUUCUUUUUUUCUUUCUUUUUUCUUUCUUUCUUUCUUUUUCUAAUAUUUCUUUGUUUUCUUUCUUUCUUUUUUCUUUCUUUUUUUCUUUCUUUCUUUCUCUUUUUGAACGUAUUUCUUUAUUUUUCCCAUCAUCUCCAUCUAUUUGUAUAUUUUUAUUCAUGAAACUAUACCAUCUUUAUCUCUCUGUUGUUUAUUAA